AUGAUAACCCUUGAAUACUCAAAUACAGCAGAUGACAUACAGCGCGACGCGCAAGACUGGCUCAGCCAACUCGAAUACGCAGUUAUCAGCAAUGACAAAAUGAACGAAUUUUUCGAAAGUUAUGUAAAAGAUGGAGUUAUGGACGUGGAAGCUGUGAAUCGAGCUAUAGUAGAGUGCCACUCUCAGGUCUUAUGGAAGCGACCUGAAGCAUAUCUCGCAAUCAUAGAGUCAAUUGAGUGUACUGCGAAAGACUUCCACAGAAUCUCCACAGAACGUAGGCAGGAUGAAACUUUUGGGAUGAUUCAUGCCAGAAUCCUUUCAAGAUUGAAUUUCUUCAAAAUGAGGUUGCAGGGCAACCGAGUCUACGCUGAUACCACUUUGAGAAGACUUGACUUCCUGAGGAGUGCAUUCAGUAUGGCAAUUGCUCAAAGAGAGAGUAAACUCAACUUCGAAAUUGCAGGCGAUCAAAAGAGGCUCGCUUGGGCGGCAAGGCGUGACUCUUCAUCAAUGAAAGGGCUUUCACUUUUGGCAACGAUUCUUCUCCCGAGCACCUAUCUAUCGUCUAUUUUCUCAACAACUUUCUUCAACUUCCAAGGCGCACCGGAUACGACAACUGUUAAUUCCCCACAAUUCUGGAUAUACUGGGCCGUUACUAUUCCUACGACGUUGAUAAUCGUGGGUUUAUGGAUUAUUUGGGAGCAACGUAAGAGGAGGAAAGAUACAAAAGAGGAAAUAGCCAUGAAGGAGAAGGUAAAGAGAUUAGAGGCGGAGAUUAUGAUGGAAAUGAGGAGCAGAUCACUGAGGUUUCGCGUGCAACAGCUACCUAAUAAUUAG